UGAUUUUGCAUUUCCAGGGAGGAGGACUGUUUUGUUUACUAACAGUCCUUCUCCCUGUCAGCUCGGACACACUGAUUUGGAUGGCUGGGCACAGCACAGCCAUUCAAAGCAGUGUGCUUACAGUGAAGCACACUGACAUGGCCCCCUAGUAAAACACUCCCUGCACACAGUUAACUCUUUGAUCGCCCCUCAUGUUAACCCCCUUCCUGCCCAGUGCCGUUAGUAUAGUGUCAGUGCUUUUUUUUUUAGCACUGAUCACUGUAUUGGUGUCACUGGGGAUGUUAGUUACACCAAGUCAGUUCCUCCCAGUGUCAAAAUGUCCAUCGCAGUCCCGCUAUAAGUCGCUGAUAGCCACCAUUACUAGUAAAAAAUAA